UAAUCCAACAUAGAAAGCAAAAUGUUGCAGACUAGACUCAAAAUAGUAAAACAACCCUCUAUAAGCCCAUAUCGUGGGUCAUGUAGCACCAGAACCUUUAAAUUGGGGCGUUUCGAUCUUGAAUCCUGACUCGUUGACCGAAUAUCAUAUGACCUCAUAACUUUUCGUCGAUGACAGAUAAUUUGUCUUUCUAGUUAUACCAACAAAAACGUCUCUCAACAGUUGAAGCUAUUAAAACUAAAACCAAUUGAUUUGUAAUAGUGGGUAAAUCUAUCCCCUGCCUCCUACCGAAACACACCUUAGCACUUAAUCUUAUCUAUAGACUAAACAGAGAGAUCCUGAUUCUCUCAUGAUCGACCAUGAACAAGUUUAAUUCGCCAUGGGCGAUUCCUCUCCUCUGCAGGGUGUUCUUCAUCAUUGCGGAGGUGUGCUUUUCAGCGUCGGAGCUGCUUUCAUUGUUUUCACCGGGAUCGCGUCGGAGUUGUACUACAUGGGACGGCUGUAGUAUGAAAACCAUUCGUACUAAUGUGAACUUGUAGAAGAGGACAGGAUGGUGCGGGGUUAUUUCAAUGUAUUUGAAAUACUAGCAUUUGAAAUAUUUGUAAUUUAAAUUCGUUGUUUAAAUAAUCAUUUGUAGUUUGCUGGUGUUAAAAUUUUAGAUUUUUUCAAUUUUUUUUCACAAUGUUUAUAGUUUUUAAUUGAUUUCAUUAACUAAGUAUGAUAUAUACAAGUUAUUUAACUAAAUGGGAUUGAUAGUCAUUUAACUAAUUAUUUCAAAUUACUCAAUUACUUGACUAAAAUAGGAUAGAUAGUUAUACUUCUAAUAAUACUUGACGAAGAGUGCAUGACAAGAGCACUCUUCGUCUGUUCGUUUUGCUGCGACUAACCAUUUGGCAAAUGAGGUCGGUUUCAGCACCGGUCAGCGUGAGGAAUCCGAUUGACCCAUAACAGUUGCUCGGCUCCCCCACAUCAGUUCUUAUCCGCAACCAGCAGUCUGCAAAGCUAAGUGAUAACUUUGGGUGGUUGUUUUUAUUUAUGAUUCUUAUUAUUUUAUAUUUAGGUCUUGCAAAUCCAAUUAAAAAAAGGUAAAAAAACUAAUUAUUUUAUUAUUUUAUAUGACUUUUUAGUUAAACUAGGAUCACUUGACUUUUGUUUGGGCUUAUUUUGCUCUCCGGAUGCUUGUGUUUUUUAUCGGUCCAUUUCUAUGGUUACUAGUCCUCCUAGGGGUGGAGACUAUAGCCCUUGGUAAAUUUACCAAAGACGAAAAUGAUUUAUUUGAUAUUAUGGAUGACUGGUUGCGGGUUUUGUCGGUUUGUUUUUGGAGAUAAGGGUUUGCGUUUGAGCUGGUUCUGGUUUGUUGUUUUAUUGACAACUGAGCUAGUCUUUGGCGGCUAGCUGUGUUUCUUUUUGCCUAUUGUUGGUUCAUUUUGCAGGGAAUGGCUGCUCUGCUUUUGUUAUGGACAAGGACGAUAAUCCUUCGGCUUCUCUGAAUUUUAGCGGGUGUUGUGUAGACGCUUGUAUCCUUUAUUGUAAAAGCUUCCCAUUUAGUGGCUAAAACGGCUCUUUUAUCGACAGAUUGAUUAGCUAUCGACCGCCACAUUUGAUUAUUUUAUGUACUACAUAUUUCUAAUCAUACUACAUUGCAAACCUAGAGCUAUGACAUUGUACAGUGUACACCUAUAGAGGGGAAAUGUGACUGGAUCGAAUUGGACAGUUGUGGAAUAGUCAGCCUCUGUUCCCUGUUUGAAGUACCAAUAGACCGCCGCCCUAGAAGGAACUUAGGCCUGUGGAUCACUCGAUCUGCUGUGUGAUUUGAUGCUCCCUUUUGUCCUUUGGCCCAUGAUUCCUGGACUUUGCUUUCCCUAAUUUGUCAAUUCAUUUCACUAUAUAUGGAGAUGGAAAGACCUUCAAAUUCAACUCUCCAAUGGAGCAUCCAUUUGAAAACCCCAAAAUGAAUAGAGGGUUAUGGAGAAGGGUUUAACAUAAAAGUUGGGCUAAAUUGCAAGUUUGGUCACUUGAAUUACUAGUAAAUUUUACGUUAGCCACUAGAAUUACUUUAUUCCAUCUGUAGUCACUUAAAUUGGGUUAAUAGUCCAAGUUUGGUCACUCGCCGUUAGUCUCCGUUAACUUUUGCUGAUGUGGCGGUCAACUCUCACUGUUGACCGUUAAGUGAGUGACGUGGCAAUUAAAAAAUAAUAAAUAAUAAAAUUUAAUUUUUAAUAAUUUCCACCUCAUUAUUAAAAAAAAUAAAACAAAAAAAUGUCACAAGCAACAGCAAGGACGGAGGAUGAUUCUUCUCCGUCGAGGUCGUCAGCUCCGACCACGUCUCCCUCUCCAAAAUCGACACCAUCUAGAGACUUGAGCACAGUUCUUAAAGGGAAGCCUCUGAUUCUGAAUAUCGAAUUGAUGUUGGUUUUUCCCAUCACAAUAUCGGGACAGGCGUGGAAGGUCGUCGUCUGCAGCAAGGGAACCACCACCAAUGUCCAUUUCCGUCCUCAUUUCUUUGUUUCCUAGGCGGCAGAUGGUUUGGGUUUCCCUUCUUUUCUUCUGAAAGCUGUCGAGGAGAGAGCGUUUUUCUGGUAAGUGGUGGUGAUGCGACGCGGCUACUCCUCCGCCGCCACCUGGUACGAUUCCGGCGACGAGAUUCCAGCUCAACCUCCAGGUACGAUUCCGACGACGAGUCGCACAAAUACCUAGCCGAUUCAGAAACCAAUCCAGCGAGGACUCCUUCGAUCCGGAAACAAAUACCUAGUCGAUUCCUCCGACGCCAUCUUCGAUCGAGCUAGAGGAGCCGAUGGCUCUGCUUCUGGCCGAGCCCGUGUGGGAAGACGAGGCGACAACUGGACUCCAAUCCUUCCAGGAGUGCGAGGGUGAAAACAACAGCAACCUCUACUCUUCCUCCGACGACUAUUUCCACACCCUGCUGUUGGGCGCCCUUAGUAAAUAUUUGGUGAUGUGGGUUUCUGUAAUAAGCUCUCAGCUUCCUUCCUGUGUGUUAAUUAGGAUGAUGAUAAGAUGAAGGAGAAGAUGACGAAAGGGUGGACAGUGGUUUCUUCUCUUUUGGGUUUGCAGAGAAAAGAAGGAAAUGAAAAAUAAAAAAUAAAUAUAUUUCAUUUAAUUUUUAUAAUAAUUAGGUGAAAAAUAAAAUUAUUUUUUUUAUUUUUUUAAUUGCCACGUCACUUACUUAACAGUCAACAGUGAGAGUUGACUACCACAUCAUCAAAAGUUAACGGAGACUAACGGCCAGUGACCAAACUUGGACUGUUAACCCAAUUUAAAUGACUACGAAUGGAAUAAAGUAAUUCUAGUGGCUAACAUAAAAUUUACUAGUAAUUCAAGUGACCAAACUUGUAAUUAAGCCUUAAAGUUGUUAUAGGAAAAAUCUUUGCAUUCAUAUAGUUAUUGGUUUAAAACGAUCCGAGUCGGGUAUAAGGACCCAACAAUUCUCUAUUGAAAGUAAAUAUGCAAUCGCUUUCGAAUCCGAGAGUUGAUUAAGUUGAAAUGGCUGUUUUAUCAGCAUAUGCUCGCAUAUAUGAAAUAGAAUGGAUAUUCGUUUUACUCAAAUCAAACUUGCUAGGUUCUUUUUUCAACUUAUCUGCCGAUUUGGUGCAUGGUUGAGUCUUUUUUUUUCUUUUGUUAGUGGCUAGGGCUGAUACGAUCAGUAAUGAUGGUAAAAAAACGGUUUCUAGCAAGUAUUACAUGCAAGCUCAAAAAUCUCGAGUUUCAAUAUGAGUAGACAAUUAACUUGCAUAAUAAAAAAAGAAAUCCUAAUUUUUUUCUCUUUUGAUUCAAUGUAAUCGUUAUUGUAAUUUCCUUACAUAAUAUAAAAGGAACAACUUAUUGGGGGUUAGCUGACUCAACCGUCAACCUAUACCAAGAUUGGGAGUGAAAAAUGUGGCUCAAGAAACCGAAGGAGGCCAGACAACCCAAUUCGAUCGCGAAACAUUUAGAUCAAAGCAUUCAACCCAAUCCAAUAACUACCAAUUAAUAUUAGGAAGCAACCAUUCUUGAUUAGGUUUUGGUGUAAUAGUAUGAGAAACAGAACCCAGAAUGAUUCCAACUAUUGGUGGUGGAGGUGAAACUACAACUCUCCACCAUGAAAAUUUUGUCAAAAACCUUCACAUAAUAAAAUGUAUAUCCAAAACAAAAACCAGUCUAUUCAAACCAUAUCCAAGAGAAUCUUCCAUCACCUCCCUAUCAUUCAGCCAAAGUCACUUUCCUUGCUGUGUGUGAGUCUCCAUCUUCACCCCAUGUCACCACCGCUGACCCAUGCCCCACUUCCCAAGCAACCAAACACACCAAAUUGUUUCCGUAACACCGAUGCAAAACAAUACUCUAAUGCAUACAUGAUCUAUGAAAUUUCUACAUCUUAGGUAAUUUUCUCUUCUGUUUGCAAGACAGAUGUGAAUAAGCGAGUAAACACGAAUUACAGGAUUUUCCUAGACGCAUAAGACCGUCUUUUAACCAGCUAUGAUUUCGGUAAAAAAUACGUUAAGGAUUA